UGCUCCAAAGUGGUUGUACCAUUUUAUAUUCACACUAGCAAGAUUCACCUUUUUGGAGCUUUGCUGGCCAUUUUAGGAAAUCUGGUAAUAAGCAUUUCCUUAAAUAUUCAGAAAUAUUCUCAUCUUCAGUUGGCACAACAAGAGCACCCAAGGCCAUACUUUAAGAGUGUGCUCUGGUGGAGCGGAGUCCUGCUGAUGGCUGUGGGGGAGACCGGAAACUUUGCAGCCUAUGGCUUUGCCCCUGUUACCCUCGUUGCCCCGUUAGGCUGUAUGUCUGUUACAGGUAGUGCCAUUACUUCUGUUAUGUUUCUAAAAGAAAAUUUGAGAGCCUCAGAUAUACUUGGUAUGACACUGGCCAUUGCAGGAACAUAUUUAUUGGUGAACUUUGCUCCAAAUAUAACUCAGGCUGUCUCAGCAAGAAGCGUACAGUAUCACUUCGUGGGCUGGCAGUUCCUGAUCUAUGUGAUUUUAGAAAUAUUAAUUUUCUGCAUUCUCCUCUACUUCCAUAAAAGAAGAGGAAUGAAGCACAUUGUGAUUCUGCUAACUCUGGUGGCACUUCUAGCCUCAUUGACUGUUAUAUCAGUAAAAGCUGUCUCAGGCAUGAUCACUUUUUCUGUGAUGGAUAAAAUGCAGCUAACUUAUCCCAUCUUCUAUAUCAUGUUUAUCAUCAUGAUAGCAUCUUGUGUUUUCCAAGUCAAGUUCCUGAAUCAAGCCACGAAGCUCUACAACAUGACAACGGUGGUGCCGGUGAACCAUAUUUUCUUUACAACCAGCGCCAUUAUCGCGGGUAUUGUCUUUUACCAGGAAUUCUUUGGUGCUGCUUUGCUCACCGUAUUUAUAUAUCUAUUUGGGUGCUUUCUGUCAUUCCUUGGAGUGUUUUUGGUCACAAGAAAUCGAGAAAAGGAACAUCUGCAACAGUCUUUUAUUGAUUUUGGAAAUAUUCCUGGGAAACAAAUGUUGGACAAAAUACAACCAGAUUCAAAUGGCUUAUCCUAUGGAACCUUGCCUGAUGGAAGUGACUCAACAAAGAGCCAAAGUGGAGAGAAGAAAGAGGUCUAAACUGCCGAGAGGGAUAGCUGUUGGCCUGUUACUUGAUACCACCUUUUUAAAAAAUUGCACAUGUUCAAUUUGUGUCAGCAGCUAUUUCAUGCUGACAUGUGCGAGCAUUCGUUUCAGUCCUUCCCCCACUAUGGACAAUCAGAGCCUCCCUAAGCUUUGACAGUCUAAUGUUUGCAUGGAAUGUAAUUCAAAGUGUUCCCCACACCCUGGACCUCUCCCUAGCGAUCAUCUAACUGGCUAGAUCUUAAUUACAGCCUGGCGGCUCCAGCGGGGAUGUCACACAAAAAUGUGCCUUCACAAUCUGGUCGCAGCCGGCAUAGGUUGCUGCUCCCAUGUGGCUUAUAGAGCCCCGUGUUUGGCAUUAAAGAGAACGCUGAACCUCGCAUGCUCAGUCCUGAGAGGUUGAGAGCUUUUGUUGUUUUUUUUUCCUAGAACAGCUUUUAUGAGCCUCCCAUAUAGAACUCGCCUUCUUAUUCCAAGAUUAGAACGGCCGGUUAUCUUUUCUGAAAGCUAACACUACUAAAACCCUCCUUUGAAAACAAAGAGCCUCUUUAAACUCAGAAUUUAUAAAUGGGACUUGGGGAUGGGCUGUACCAAAACUCAGUGAUACUGGCUGGUGGACUCUUCUAAGCCUAAAACUGGAACAUUUAAGAAGCUGGACUGUGUUCACUUCGGAGCACAUAGACUAAAAUUGGAGCAAAUACGGAGAUUAGCAUGGCCCCUGCGCAAGGAUAACAUGCAAAUUCAUGGAAUACUCAGAAAACAUUAGAACCAAUGUUUGCUUUUUAAUAAAAGUAUAGAAUGGUGA